GACAUAUAUAUAAAUGAAUUCACACUUUUCUUGUUCUUAGCGUAAUAUAAUGCCAUUGAUUCGCUACGGUCUUAUUUUAUAUCUCAAUUCCUUCUCUCUUAAGGGGCAAAUGCAAAUUUCAAAUGGUUUUCUUGAUUUAUAUAUUCGCUCCUUAGUGUAAAGACUCUAUUUUGUUCCCUUCCAUGUUCCAUCAUCUCCUCCUCCCCAAGCAAAGUAGUAGUCCUCUAGCUUUCACUGUUUCUCUCUAGCCUUUAUUCUAUUCCCUCUUUUGCUUUUGGGUUUCUGUGUAGCUUUUCGAGAUCCGGUCACCAAAUGGGGGUUUCCCAACGCAGUUUCACUAACUCCGGGGGGGAUAUACAGCCUGUGCCCACCCAUUUCUCUGCAGAGAGUGGUGAUGAGAGUGAUGGGUUUUGUGGGCAUGGUGAAUUAAAGGUCAAAUCUUUAGUUUACAGAAUGAUUUGGGAUUUUGGGCUGGGGUGUUUAAUCCCGGCCAGCCGGCGGCGGAGCUCCGGCAAGGGUAAAGGGGGAAAGGGCGGUGAGAAUUCAGAGCAUAAUAAGGCUUGGUUGCUGGCACAGUCCGGUGGGUGUGGGCGUUCUGAAUUGACUAAUGCUGAGCCACAAUCAGUUCACUCCUCCUUCAGGCUUAGUCUUUGCUCUCAGGUUGAGCUUGAGUCCAUGAAUGUGAGUAGCUGCUCCCCUGCUACUGUUUUGAUGGUGAAUUUGGAGAAUGGUUUGACUGAUCCUGGGUCAAGAGAGCUGAAAUGGAGGAGGAUUGAGUCUCUGGAGAGGAGUAUUUCACCUGUGGCACAUUCUUUAGUUAGGUUUAGCUAUCAUGAAAUUCUUGCUGCCACUAGCAAUUUCUCCAAAGGUAGAGUUUUGGGAAGAGGUGCAUUGAGCUAUGUUUUCAGGGGGAGAAUUGGGUUUCUGAAGGCUGCAGUAGCAAUUAAGAGGUUGGAUAUGGAAGACAAGGAGACCCCAAAGGCAUUUUGUAGGGAAUUGAUGAUUGCUAGCUCUCUACGCAACCCUUACAUUGUUCCUCUUGUGGGGUUUUGUAUUGAUCCACAAGAGGGUUUGUUUUUGGUUUACAAAUAUGUAUCUGGUGGAAACCUGGACUGUUAUUUGCACGAUAAGAAGCGGGGAGUGAGAGGUGGCACCGCUCUUCCAUGGUCCGUGAGGUAUAAAGUUGCUGUUGGCAUCGCGGAAGCCAUUGGCUAUUUGCAUAAUGGUACUGAAAGAUGCGUUGUUCAUAGGGACAUCAAGCCCUCGAACAUCCUUCUUUCUUCAAGAAAGACACCUAAGCUAUGUGACUUUGGAUUAGCUACGUGGACCCCUGCACCUUCGGUACCUUUCCUUUGCAAGACUGUGAAAGGAACAUUUGGGUAUUUAGCACCCGAGUAUUUCCAGCAUGGGAAAGUGUCGGAUAAAACUGAUGUCUAUGCUUUUGGGGUAGUCCUCUUGGAAUUACUAACUGGCCGGAAUCCAAUUGAAAGUAAAAGAGGACCCGGGGAGGAGAAUUUGGUCUUGUGGGCGAAGCCGCUAUUACAGCAAGGAUUUGUUGAAAAGCUGCUGGAUCCGAGGCUGAGAUUUCCGCAGAAGAACUUGCAGAAGAUAGCCUGGAUGGUCCAAGCAGCAGCAGCGUGUAUAAACAACGAGGAAUCUCAGAGGCCCAACAUUGACGUGAUCAUUGCCAUACUUAGAGGCAUAGAACCGGAUUACCUUAGCAGGAAGAAGGGUACUAAUCUAAGUGGUAAUGGCUGUGUUUUCGACUGUUUGCAGCAGAGUAAAAGCGAAAUGAAGAGUCACUUAGCAUUGGCUAUGGUAGGAGUUACCGAGUUUGAAGAUGAAGAUUUUUACUGCCGCUGAAUCUUUGAAUUGAAAGAUUUGAUUUUUAAUUGGUUUUUUGUGUUUUACUUGGUUUCUUGAUCAAAUGAGAGAGAG